UCCCAUGUGUCUAGCUUCAACCACAAUUCCGCGUUCAAAGCCUGUUAAUUCCCGUCGUGCGGUCAUAAUCUCGUCGGCCACCUUUUCACAGCAAUCAUGUACCUGAGCGAAACACCGGCAGACAUGGUGCUAGAAAUAGUGGAGAAGGAAUCCCAUCCUGACUGGGCCAGCAGCAAGUUUCUGGUCAGAGCCUUCAAACAGGCAGGCUUCGAUGUGGUGGAGGACAGCAUCCAGCUGAAGAACGCCUGCAGCGGCGGGGGUGGCUUCAUGAGCGAGACACUGCUGUUGCGGGGGCGGACACUCAAAGGAGACGCGGCCAGCCUGGUGGUGAAGGUGUCUCUGCAAAGAGGUGGGGACGGUGCGCUCAGCUCCGACGGGCUGUUCCGGAGGGAGAGCGUGCUGUACACGAGGACUCUGCCCACGGCGGAGACGGCGCUGAAGGCUGCUGAAGGUGGCGCGUGGCGGCCGCUGUGGCCCGCCUGCCCAGGUGUGUUCGGAGGCGGGCUCGGCUGCCUGCUGCUGGAGGACGUGGUGGCCGCGGGCUUCCGCAAGGCCCCCAGUGCCGCCUCGGCUCGCGGGCUGGAUCUGGACCACUGUCUGGUCGCCAUGCGUGGGCUGGCGCGCCUCCACGCUGCCACCACGAGAAAUGCGCUCCAGGACGCCCUAGUCGAACCCCUGCUACGAGAGUCCGUCUCUUUCGGCUCCAGCCAGAUCCCACUGCUUCAGUCGCAGACAAAGACGACCGUCCUCAAGAUGGCUCAAAUACUCAACCGCUACCCGUGGUUCCGGAGGUAUAAGGACAAGUUCUUGCAAUUCGCUGACACAUUGCUGUUGCGAGCUGUUGAAGCCGUUAGUAGCUGUGACAACAAACUCACUGUCAUGCUGCACGGGGACUUCCAGAAGAACAAUAUGAUGUUCCAGUACUCAAACGAAGAGCUCGAAGUCAUAUUCUACGAUUAUCAGGGAGCCCAUAUCGGAUCUCCAGCGGAGGACCUGCAGUACUUUCUGCACACGAGCACCAGCCUGGAGGUGCUGCAGCAGCACACAGACCUGCUGCUGUCCGAGUACCACAGCACCCUGCAGCACACGUUGCGCGCCCUGGGGCUGCAGCAACAGGCGGACGCCUACCAGCUGGAGCAGCUGAGGAGGGAGAUGCAGCAGCUGGCACCAGUAGGGGUUUUCUGCACCUACAACCUGCUGCCUGUCAUGCUCAACCUAGAGGCAGUCGAUUUCGACCUCGAUACAUCGUCACCCAACUAUGCUGCCAAUGUGGACAAGUUAUUAGAGAAAUGCUACACAAAUCCUGAGUAUUUGUCCUUUGCCGAGUACUUGACGCCAUUUUUUGAGAAGAACAGUCUUCUAGAAAGUUGAGUCUCAGCAUUAGUGUUUCCUGGUGUAACAGAUCUGAAAAAAAAAAAAAAAUGUCAGCGUAUUGUAAUUAUUCGCAAUGUUCUGAAUUCAAUAAAGAAAUGUAUGAGAAUUAAGAGGGUGUGACUGGUUUCUUUAUUUUUUGGCUGGAUUAAUUGUAAAAUAGUCCCACGUUAUCAAUGGUUUCUGUAUUAUUUGAAGAUUUCAUUGAACCAGAAGGAAAAUUUACCUGUCAACUAAUGAAGAAGUGCUGUGUAAUGCAAUAUACUAUG